AGCUUUCUUUCUCAUCAGGACCCCAACCUUAAGUUGUUUCUUCCCUAUCAGCUCAGCUCAGCUCAGGUCUCUCUCUCUAUUUUCAUCUGCCUAGUUAGCUAGAGCUUAAUUAGCAGCUAGAGAUCGAUGUGCCUCUAGCUAGCUAGGUGAGCUAGUAGCGAGUAGCCUUCUUGUUUUAAUCCGGCAUUGUGCUUCGAUCUCCGGCACGGCCGGCCGGUCUUAGUUUUUGGCUGUCAUGGCGUUAGUGGUAAUAUACUAGGUUAAUGUUGCAUUAAGCUAGCUAGCUAGCUUAGCCGGCCGGCGUGUAUAUAUUGCUGGGAGGAGGAGGAGCUGGGGGUUGGAGAGAUGACGUGGUGCAACAGCUUCAGCGACGUCCGCACCGCCGUGGACAGCAGCCUGUCGCCGGCCGCCGCCGUGGCCGCCGCCGCGGGGAAGAAGGCGGCAGCGUCGCUCGCCGUCCUCGUCAAGAUGUGCCCCUCUUGCGGCCACCGCGCCCGGUAUGAACAGGAGACGACGACGAUCCAGGACCUGCCGGGGCUACCGGCCGGAGUGAAGUUCGAUCCGACGGACCAGGAGCUCCUGGAGCAUCUGGAGGGCAAGGCGAGGCCGGACUCGAGGAAUCUCCACCCUCUCGUCGACGAGUUCAUCCCCACCAUCGAGGGCGAGAAUGGCAUCUGCUACACCCAUCCCGAGAGGCUUCCAGGUGUGAGCAAGGACGGGCUGGUGAGGCACUUCUUCCACCGGCCGUCGAAGGCGUACACGACGGGGACGAGGAAGCGGCGGAAGGUGCACAGCGACGAGGACGGCGGCGAGACGCGGUGGCACAAGACCGGCAAGACGCGGCCGGUGAUGGCCAACGGCCGGCCCAGGGGCUACAAGAAGAUCCUGGUCCUCUACACCAACUACGGCAAGCAGCGCAAGCCGGAGAAGACCAACUGGGUCAUGCACCAGUACCACCUCGGCUCCGACGAGGAGGAGAGGGACGGCGAGCUCGUCGUCUCCAAGGUCUUCUUCCAGACGCAGCCCAGGCAGUGCGGCUCCACCACCGCAAAGGAGGCCUCCGCGGCCGCAGCAGCAGCCGUCGCCACCGCCACCGCCGUGAACAACAACUACUCCGGCCAUCAUCAAGGUGGUAGCUUUCUCAAGGAUGCAAGCGUUGUGCACGAGUUCUACGACCCGGCAGCGACGAUGGGUUACAGGCCACCUGCUGCUCCUCCUGCCGCGCACUUCGCGCCAAACUUCGCAGUGCACGCAGCAAGGAACAGCUUUGGCCCUUGAACCGAGCAGCGGCAAGAAACACAAAAGUUAUACAGAUCUACACCAAUACGAUUCACAUAGGUGCUAUUAUAUUACAAUAUUAACCUUACAUAUUCAUCUAUCAAUUAUUUACAGUUUUGUUUAAAGUUGUUAUUAUUGUUCGAAUGCUCUGCUGUGCAAAGAUUAUACGCCGUUCUAACUCGAGAAAAAAUGCCGAGGCAUCAAUUUGUCCA